AUGAUUUUGCUCAACGAUAUUUAUGUUGACGAUGUGUUAAGUGGAAGCGACACGAUCUCCAGAGCCGUACAAAUGCGAAAUCAACUUAUUUCCGCUCUACAAUCAGCCGGUAUGGAACUCAGGAAGUGGUCAAGUAAUACGCCUGAGCUGUUGCAGUCCAUUCCUACAGAGUACCAUUCAUUUAGUGCUAGUUGGCAACUUAACGAAGACCAAACUGUCAAAACGCUUGCAACUAAAAGGUCUGUGCUAGCUACUAUCGCGCGCAUAUUUGAUCCGCUUGGAUUUUUGAAUCCAAUAACUAUUGCUGCGAAAAUUAUUCUAAAAGAAAUUUGGUCAACGAAGAUAAAGCGUCAAGACGAAAAACAUACCGGACUAGAGUGGGAUGAAGAGCUGCCAUCAACUCUGGCCAUCUUAUGGCAAAAUUUUGUUGCUGAGCUACCUAAUAUAGAAAACAUCUCAAUACCACGCUGGCUUAAUUACACGCUACGACCACACUCAAUGGAAAUACAUUCCUUCUGCGAAGGAUCGUUAUCUGCUUACGCAGCUGCCGUAUAUCUGCGCAUACAAUACCAACAUGGUGAGAUCCACACCCAUCUGAUCACGUCUAAAGCCAAGGUAACACCACAGAAUCUAAUAACGAUUCCACGAGUAGAGUUAUGUGGUGCAGUAUUAGCUACAACCGUUGCCAAAUGGGCGCAACAACACUUACAACAACGCUGUGGUGAGAUUCCGAUAUAUUAUUGGACCGAUGCAACGAUCGUCCUACACUGGAUUGCCGGUGAUAUACAUCGAUGGAAACUCUACGUGGCGAAUCGCGUAGCUAAAAUUUUGUCAGUUAGCUUGCCCAGUCAAUGGAGUCAUGUCAAAACUCAGGAUAAUCCGGCCGACUGCGCGACUAGAGGUUUAACUCCGACUCAACUUCAACAAUUCGAUCUUUGGUGGAUCGGUCCUGCGUGGCUUCGGCAAGAUAAAUCGACCUGGCCUAUUUCUUCUAGUAGCCCAGAUGAUAUCGACAGCACAGCUACCGAAGAAAAACUAGCUAAAGUAUUAGCGCUUUCGAUAAUUACCGAACCUUCGUUUCUACUACGAUAUUCUUCCUACAUCAAACUCGUACGUAUAACAGCUAGGCUGCUACGAUUCUUUUAUAAUCUUCGCAAAACUCGCAAGGAAGACCGUCAUAGUGGACCGCUCACCACUAACGAACUUCAGCAAAGUCUCUUUCGAAUUGUUCACAUGGUACAGUGUGAAACAUUUGGCUCGGAAAUUCGAUGUAUUAAAUCUAAAAUCAACAUACCCACAACAAGCAAACUAGUCAGUUUGACACCUUUCCUAGAUGGAAACGUAACAAACCUUCGUUAG